GAAUCCUUUCGCUGAAGGAAAGGGGAAAAAAUAAAAAGCGUCUCGUGCCCCGUUGCUCGUUCUGUCACGAGCCUUGUCCGUUGGUCUCGAGCGAGCAGAAAGGCACGUAAACCGGUGACGUGGAGCGCGUGCAGCGUUAUACAUUUAUAUAUUGAACGUGAGAAAGAUAAAUUAGUCGCACGGUCUGAGUGUGUCGGAUUUCGGGUGAUGUAGCCUUUCUGACCGUCUGAUAGCGCUAGCAUAGCUGUUUAGCUAGCUGACUCACAGUGAGCAGAAAAAAACCCCAGGACACCGAAUCCGUUUAUUUCUCCUCCGAGUCGUGUUUAAUAACCGCUCAACCACCGACGACGGAUAUCUGAAUAAUAUUACUUCUAGCUCGUUGGUCAGUAGUCGGUGGAGUUUCGGGGAUCCGGAGUGAAUAAUCAUCUCUUUGAUUGGGUUUGAAUGAAUUCCUGUGAGAGGAAACGUCAAGUGAUAUUUAGGAGCUGAAACUCGGCGCGAGACAGUGACCUCAAUCCGGCCGCGUAUCUGACACACUUCACCGGACUCUCGCGCUGGAACAACCCGCUAGCGACGUUAGCAAACUAGCGCAAAAAACACCUGAGAACGCCAAGAUCCACAGUCCUGCAGUAGAUUAGCUUCUGAGCUAACUGUGGGGUUUUCUGCUAACCGAAUCCUGUUUGAUCCAGACACAUUUCCAUCUGGAAAUAAUUUGUUAGCCGAGAGAGAGAGUAAACAAGAGAGAGAGUAAGAGAGAGAGUAAAGAUGCCGGCCGUGUCGAAGGGAGACGGGAUGCGGGGAUUAGCCGUGUUCAUCUCGGACAUCAGGAACUGUAAGAGUAAGGAGGCUGAGAUCAAGCGCAUCAACAAAGAGCUGGCCAACAUUCGCUCCAAGUUUAAAGGAGACAAGGCUCUGGAUGGAUACAGCAAGAAGAAGUAUGUGUGUAAGCUGCUCUUCAUCUUCCUGCUGGGACACGACAUCGACUUCGGACACAUGGAGGCCGUCAACCUGCUCAGCUCCAACAAGUACACCGAGAAACAGAUCGGCUAUCUGUUCAUCUCGGUGUUGGUGAACAGUAACAGUGAACUGAUCAGGCUGAUCAACAACGCCAUAAAGAACGACCUGUCCAGCAGGAACCCCACCUUCAUGUGUCUGGCCCUGCACUGCAUCGCCAACGUGGGCAGCAGGGAGAUGGCCGAGGCCUUCGCCGGGGAGAUCCCACGCAUCCUGGUGGCAGGGGACACGAUGGACAGUGUGAAGCAGUCGGCCGCGCUGUGUCUGCUGCGUCUGUAUAAAACGUCUCCGGACCUGGUGCUGAUGGGAGAGUGGACGUCCAGAGUGGUGCAUUUACUGAACGAUCAGCACAUGGGCGUGGUCACUGCAGCCAUCUCCCUCAUCACCUGCCUCAGCCAGAAAAACCCAGACGAGUUUAAGACGUGUGUGUCCCUGGCCGUGUCCCGUCUCAGCAGGAUCGUGUCCUCGGCGUCCACCGACCUGCAGGACUACACGUAUUACUUCGUCCCUGCUCCCUGGCUGUCCUGUAAGCUGCUGCGUCUCCUGCAGUGCUACCCUCCUCCUGAGGAUGGCGCUGUUAAAGGCCGCCUGGUGGAGUGUCUGGAGACCAUUCUCAACAAAGCCCAGGAACCUCCCAAGUCCAAGAAGGUGCAGCACUCCAACGCCAAGAACGCCAUCCUGUUCGAAGCUAUCGCGCUCAUCAUUCACUACGACAGUGAGCCGAACCUGCUGGUGCGGGCGUGUAAUCAGCUGGGUCAGUUCCUGCAGCACAGAGAGACUAACCUGCGUUACCUGGCCCUAGAGAGCAUGUGCACACUUGCCAGCUCAGAGUUCUCCCACGAGGCCGUGAAAACACACAUUGAGACCGUCAUCAACGCCCUCAAGACGGAGCGUGAUGUGAGUGUGCGUCAGAGGGCAGCUGAUCUGCUCUACGCCAUGUGUGACCGCAGUAACGCUAAGCAGAUCGUGGCUGAGAUGCUGAGUUACCUGGAGACGGCAGACUACUCCAUCCGUGAGGAGAUGGUGCUGAAGGUGGCCAUCCUGGCUGAGAAGUACGCAGUGGACUACUCCUGGUACGUGGACACCAUCCUCAACCUGAUCCGCAUCGCCGGCGACUACGUGAGCGAAGAGGUGUGGUACCGCGUCAUCCAGAUCGUCAUCAACCGUGACGACGUGCAGGGCUACGCCGCCAAGACCGUCUUUGAGGCCCUACAGGCUCCGGCGUGUCAUGAGAACAUGGUGAAGGUCGGGGGUUACAUCCUCGGAGAGUUCGGGAACCUUAUUGCUGGCGAUCCUCGUUCCAGUCCAUUGGUUCAGUUUAACCUGCUCCACUCCAAGUUCCACCUGUGUUCAGUUCCUACUCGCGCUCUGCUCCUCUCCGCCUACAUAAAGUUCAUUAAUCUGUUCCCCGAGACGAAGAGCACCAUCCAGGAGGUUCUGCGCUGUGACAGUCAGAUCAGGAACAGUGACGUGGAGCUUCAGCAGAGAGCCGUGGAGUAUCUCAAACUCUCCUCCAUCGCCAGCACCGACGUCCUGGCCACAGUGCUGGAGGAGAUGCCCCCGUUCCCUGAGAGAGAGUCCUCCAUCUUGGCCAAGCUGAAGAAGAAGAAGGGUCCGGGUGCUGUGUCCGGUGCCGAGCUGGAGGACGGGAAGAGAGAGGGUGGAGAGCUGAAUGGAGGAGGAGGAGGAGAGCGGUCCGGAGACGGCUCUGCCAUUGCAACGUCCAACGCAUCCACUCCCUCUCCUUCAGCCGAUCUCCUCGGUCUCCGCUCCUCCGCCCCGGUCAGUGCGGCCCCGCCCAGUUCUGGUAGCCUAUUGGUGGAUGUGUUCUCGGAGGCGGGGCCUGCUGCUCCAGCCGCUGCGGUCAGUGAUGAUGGCUUCCUCAGAGAUCUGGAACCUCCCACUGAGAGCUCUGACUCCUUAUUGGCUGAGGGUCCUGGUGACUCGGACUCUGCUCCUCCCUCUGUGGCCUCUGAAGAUCCCACUCCUCCUCUACCAGAGUCAGACGAGCUGCUUAACAAGUUUGUGUGUAAGAAUAAUGGAGUUCUGUUUGAGAAUCAGCUGCUCCAGAUCGGCAUUAAGUCAGAGUAUCGCCAGAACCUCGGGAGGAUGUACUUGUUCUAUGGCAAUAAGACGUCAGUUCAGUUCGUCAGCUUCACAACCACUGUUAGCUGCCCAGGAGAACUUCAGUCUCAGUUGAACGUUCAGCUGAAACCUGUGGAUCCUCUGGUGGAAGGUGGAGCUCAGGUGCAGCAGGUCAUCAACAUCGAGUGUCUGACUGACUUCUGCGAAGCACCACUUCUCAACAUCAAGUUCAGGUACGGUGGAGCUCUGCAGAACCUCACACUCAAACUCCCCGUCACCAUCAACAAGUUCUUCCAGCCCACUGAGAUGGCCUCACAUGACUUCUUUCAGCGCUGGAAACAACUCAGCCUGCCCCAGCAGGAAUCACAGAAGAUCUUUAAGGCAAAUCACGCCAUGGAUACAGAAGUGCUCAAAGCCAAGUUGUUGGGAUUAGGUACAGCUCUUCUGGAGAACGUGGAUCCGAACCCUGAGAACUUUGUGUGUGCUGGAGUGAUUCAGACCAAGGCGCAGCAGGUGGGCUGUCUCCUGAGACUCGAACCCAACGCACAGGCCCAGAUGUACCGGUUGACUCUGCGCAGCAGUAAGGACACCGUCUCUAAGCGUCUGUGUGAGCUGCUGGCGGAACAGUUCUAGAACGUGGCUCUAGAACCGGUGCGCAGACCAUCACAUUGGAGAACCAGACCAGCCCCCCCCACCCCACCCCACCCUACCCAGAACAUUCUCUGUUCGUACAUACAGAAGGGAAAAACAACUGCCUGUCCACGGCGGCCAUGAUUACUGUCCUCUUCCUGAUUAUUAUUGUACAUCAUCUUCAUCAGCGCUACCGUUCCUGUUUUUAAUCGGUGUUUACCUGCGCGUGUGUGUGUGUGUGUGUGUGUGUGUGUGUGUGUGUGUGUGUGUGUGUGUGUGUGUGUUGUACUGAGUGAAAGGAAAGAAAGACUGACCAAUCUCUUUCUCUGUGUGUGUGGGUGUGUGUGUGUGUAAUCUGCAACAUUUCAACCUGUAAACAUUCCUGAGACAUUGUUAGGACACACACACACGUCACGCUGCACAUGCACUGAUUUGUUGGAACAUUCCACGUUGACUAGUUAUGGGGGGUCUCUGGGAGAACUAAAACACUGCAGUCGGAAUACACUAAAUAAAGGCGUCACUACACCUCCUCUCUGUCUCUUCUCUCCUCCGAUCCGCCUCCUCUCUCCUCCUCUCCGUCUCCUCCCUCUCUCGCUCUCUCCAGAGCCGAUGGCACUCAGUGGGACGUGUGUGGGGUUCUGAGUGUGUCGUGUCGUUACCGUGACCCCGAGGUUCCACGAAACCGAGUGCAGGCCAGUGCACUGUACAGGCGUGGAGAGAACCGAGGCGUCUGUAGACCCGUCCCUGAUCUAGCACACUUCUCACUCGAUUAUAACCGUGGUUAAUGAAGUCAUUCCCUGUUUAAAAUAUAAAUGUAAAAACGACGGCUGCUCUUUGGUUGUGUUUCUGUCUCUUUUUCUUAGUUUUGAUAGUUGUGUUGUGGAAGGAAUCGUUUUCAGGCAUUCGAUUAAAUGUGUAGUGUGUCGCGUACGCAGGCGUGGGGGUGUAGGACCGUACAGGACCAGGAGAUAAACAUUACAGGAGCAGGGAGAACUGUUUAAUGUCAGUGCUGAUACACACUGACGUCCACGCAGAUGAUCCGCUUCAGCUGCGUUACUGUAACAGCACUUAUCUCUCAACACUAACGUUUAGAACACAAAUACUCCGAGUACACCACAACAUUAACUCCUGUGUGUGUGUGUGUGUGUGUGUGUGUGAGAUUACAGAUCAGAACUGAGUCUGUAUUCUGACUGCACUGAUAAGAGCAGAAAUCCCGUUUACUCCAAAUUCAGUAAUAACGGAAAUGUAAAUGCAGCUGUUGGCCUCAGUAAAGGUUCAGAUUGCGCGACUCUAAACAGUGAAACUCGAACCUGCAGCCGCUCCACAGGAACAGUGGCGGUGUUUGGGUGACACAGAUGCCUGUGAGAAUCUUCCCCAAUCUGUUCUCAUGGGCUUUUAAUCUUUAAACCUUAACUUUCACAUGCUGCAGUAACUCAGUAAAAAGAAGUUCCAGUUCCUUUACCCUUUCCUGAAGGGUUUGCGGUAUCCCUACGCCAUCAGAGACACACAACUACCACAAACUCCCCCCUCUGAACAAGCUCUGUUUAAAUCACACACACACACACACACACACACAUCAAGAGAGAGGAGAGAGAGAUUAGAGUGAAAUGUGUGACAGACCUACAGGAUAAAAGCAGCUUCCAGCUGUCAGUCACACAUACAGGAACAGCACAGUGACGUGUGUGUGUGUGUGUGUGUGUGUGUGUGUGUGAGAGAGAGAGAGAGAGAGAGAGAGGGAAUUUAUUGGAGAUUUAUGAGACAUUUAUGUCAUUAGUUAAAUGAAGUCACUGUUUCCCCUCACUGCACCGCUGCCACGAUGGGACUUUGUCAUUGUAGUGUAGAAUCAUUGUCAUGGUGUGUGUGUGUGUGUGCGGGUGUGUGUCUUUGCAGUAUCCGCUAGCUAAUGCAGCCCCAGUCUAUCGGUGUUGAACCUGUCAGAUACCUGUGUUAGAUGAAAUUUACUCUGUACUGAAUAAUGUGAAAGUAAACUAUGCCAUAUACUCCA